CAAUUCCUACUCACGGAGCAUUCCAGCUCAUUGCAACUGGGAAGUUAUAGGAAGACAUGUCACCAACAUCUGCCUAUAGCGUGUGGGAGUGGGAUUUGGCCCCUCACACCUUUAAAUCCAGAGACAGUUCCGGCUUUCUCAUCUUGUUUCUUAGUAUCAGAAGUCCCGCUUCAUUCUCGAAAAUUCGCGGUUAAAAGGGGGAGGGGGGGUAGUUUGACAAAAAAAAAGUGAAAGUGAAACAUAUGUACGAUGUGUGCCAGCGGCCGUCAUAGCGAGCAACUGUUGGGGAGUGUUCCGUGCAACAAUCAUCUGAAAUCCUCCUUUAAAAAGAUCUGCUUAAAGAACGGGAAGAGGCCGAAGAUGGGAGAGCACCGAAUCGGGACUGGAAGGAGCCAGUGAACUGUCUGUGUCGACCACCUCCACAUGGCCGGGAUCAAACAGCUGUUUCUGCUGUGGUGCAUGUUUCACACAACCCUUGCCUUUAAAGGAAAAUGCAGCAAACCCAGCUUUAAAGUUGAAAAUGUAGACAUGAGCGAAAUAACAGACACGCAUUUCGAAGUUGGUCAAAGGCUCCGUUUGAAAUGCCAAAGUGGUUAUAAGAGAAAGGCAGGGACAUCAAACCUCAUCCAAUGUGAGAAUGAGUCUGAACAAGCCAAAUGGUCAAAGCCAAACCUCACAUGCAUAAGAAGUCAUCAGUUCGCAGCAUUGACAUCUUUAGCAACAUCUGUAGAGCCAACAUCUGUAGACCCAACAACAUCGACUUCUACAGCAGGAUCAUUUUCAGACCACUAUACAACAUCAACUAUGGACAUUACAGUCACCUCAGGAAGCCAUUUAUCAUCAGCAAUGACAACAUUUACUACAUCGACAGAAUCAAUAACCCUGACUGCUACACCGACAUCAGUUUCAGGCUGCAAUCAAACACCUUCCAGCCCUCCAGUCAAUACAGCCAGCUCAGGACUGGGACCCUUAGCUUCAGCAUGGACAGCAGUAAGGCCAUCAACGCCAAGUGCAUCGACAGUUGAAACAGAAUUUCCAGCAGCAGUGCUCUCAGACAGCACUCAGAAAGCAACAGCUGAAACUACAGUCACUUACAGUACUAAUGGUACUACAGGAAUGGAACCAUUAACAACCAGGACAGCACUGGCAGAAAGAACAGUAAAACCACCUACAGCAUCAGAAGCAGCUUCUGACGUUACCACCACUAUUGGCACUGCAGACGUCAAUCAAACAGUAAUUGCUGGAAGAAACAUUGGACUAAUUGUCGGUACCAGCACAGGCAGCUUGUUUAUCAUCACAAUAUGCAUUCUAUUGUUGCUUUGGACUGUUGUUUUCAAAAAGAAAAUUAGCUGUAUCGGGCCACAGGAAUAUGAGUUGACACCAGUGCCAUCAAUGGAGGUACAAACAGUGACAAAUCUAAAUGAAACUGAGUCUUUACAGCAAGAAACAGAAAGUUGACCCUCAAUCGCCCAUUGAGACAGAUCAGUGUUACUGUUAUUCACAAUGCGGAAAUGCAGAAACAAGUCCAAGGAUGACCAAGAGAAUGAAGGCGUCAAGAGUCAUGUUUGUACUUUAAGGACAGCCGUCGAUUUUUUAAAAAUUACUUUUGUUACCUGCCUCUUUCUGAGCCACUUGGAUCCACUCUGCACCCUUCAACCAAGAAGAGAGUAGACCACGGAAACUAGACCAUGGCAAUUGGUUCCUCCCCAAGGCUCCAUCACUAACAUUGUUUUAUGGAUCAGCCAACAGAAACAAGAACAAGACUUCUGAAGAAGAGUCAUACGGACUCGAAAUGUUAACUCUGUCUUUCUGUCCACAGGUGCUGUCAGAUCUGAUGAGUUUUUCCAGCAAUUUUUGUUUUUGUUUGAGAAAGAAAUUACCUCUGGACUUCCACGAUUGAAUGUAUGUUAUUCUCAACAUAAAACCAUGCUGCAUUCCCAUUGACGCUCCUUUAUAUCAGAUUAGUGGCAAAUAGGUGGGCAGAAGGAUCACUGCUUUGAAAUGAACCUUUAUGACUAUUAUGCACAGAUAUAUAUUUCUAUUAAGUUUCCAAAAGUAAAAAUUGAGCCACUUCUGAAUUUCUGUAUUUUUAUACUCGUUUUCUAAAAGCAGAUUCACUCUCCUCAAAAUAUUCUUAUUUAAUUUUCAUGCUGCAUUCUCUGGAGACCCAAAAACUGAUCUUGUUUUUAAAGGGCAUUGUUCACAAUCAGACGGUAUGUUUUGAUUGGGAAAUUAAGUGGGCUCGUUCCUUGACCUUAAUCAGCUGAUUGGUGUUUUGAUGUGAAAGAAAUUGCUUCCAUGGUAUAUAUGUUUGAGAGGGCCAUGUUUAUGUUUUGUCAUUCAUAUCAUUGUAUUUAUGACAUUUGUUUAUUGUAAGUAAGAGUAAGGCAUAUUGUUUUGAGUAAUUCCACGUAAAAAGAGUUAACAAUAAUACUGAACUAGUAUUCCAGAGACCCAGGGUAAUCCUCUGGGGACCCAGGUUUGAAUCCCUUGGCGGAUGGUGAAAUUUGAAUCCAACAAAAAUCUAGAGUUAAAAAUCUGAUGAUGACUAUGAAACCAUAGCUGAUUGUCGAAAAACCAUCCGGUUCACUAAUGUCCUUUAGGAAAUGAAAUCUGCUGUCCUUACCUGAUCUGGCCCUACAUGUGACUCCAGACCCACAGCAAUGUGGUUGACUCUUAAAUGCAAUUAGGGAUGGGCAAUAAAUAUUGGCCUAGCCAGCGAUGCCCACAUCCAAUGGAUGAAUAAAAAAUUUUUUGAAGUUGACAUCUGAGUGACUAAAAGCAGGAGGUUCAAACAGUUUCCUGCCAAAAAUCUAAAGCCUCCUAAGAACUGAAGGCUGUUACACUUCUUUUUGAGUACAUGAUGGGUUUGUCAAAAAAAAAGUUUCACAGGAAUACAAAGCUGAUUGGAUUCACUAAACCGGAGGGCUGAAUCAAUCUGAAGGGACUUACUUGCUGUGUAUAUAUAGUGCUUCAUAUUUUUAUUUAAUUGUAAAUAAAUUUAUAAGUUGCUUUAA